CCCGUUUUGAGUACUAGUUCAAAUGGAGCUGGGCAAGUACAAUAACUUGUAGAUUCGAGAUAAUUUUGCGUGAUUAGCUAUUUAACUUAAUUCGUUUAUUUGCCUAAUUGGUAACAAAUUAAGUGUGCAUGUGAUCGUGCAAACGUGUACAAACUGGUUAGUUGGCUGCAGUAAUAAGAUAAUGUGUGCUAACUAGGUAACGUUAGCAAAGCUAGCUAACGCUACUUGACAACCUGUUGAUUGCUUACAAACGCCGAGAUUCCGUCCAGUAAAUAAACGCAGAUUAACGUGACAUUGACUGAUUUUAUAAGACUUCUGCAGCUACGAUGUCAGUUUAUUUAGUUUACUUAAGUCGCUAACUUAACUAGCAGGUUUACUAGCUUUAAAGCUCAAUCUUUCAAAAACAUGUUAGGAUAGUUAGUAGCUAAGCUAGCUAACGUUAAGUGGUUUUAAGAUAAAAUGAAGGCGCGCGUAACCUGUUCUUAGAUGGGUAGAUGGCAUAACCCAGCUACAAUUACCAUGCAGUUAUCUUGGGACUGGUUUCUUCCUUCGAUUACUUUGUGAGAUCCACCAAUGUUUAACGUGGAAAGUGACUUAGUUGAAGAUGUGGUCUCUUUGAGAAAUCAGUUGCGAUUAACGGAGAAAAAUUUGCAGACUCUGGGAGAGCAGUUAAGCCAAUCAGAAAAUGACGGCGUUGCUGUGCACAAAGCUGGGAGCAGAUCAGAUGAAUUCCCUGGCCACCUUGCUUUAGAGGACCUGCAGAAGCCUGAUGCUGUAAAGACGCUGUCAUAUCCAGUUAGUCUGGAGAGAGACACCUCUGGCAAUUGGAGGACAAAGGCACACUCUGACUGCAGAUGCCAGUCUUCUGGACAGGAAAUGGGGAACGAGUCAAACGAAGUUUCUCAGCUCAGGAGGAAGCUCAGCUCUAUUCGGGAAGAGAACUCCUCUCUGGUGCUGGAGAACAGGCAGCUCAUCAGUGACCUGGAGGCUGCACAGCUUGAGCUGGCCAGCUCUAAUUCCAAGCUUCGCUUGCUAGGUUCCUCCAUAGGAACGAAGACCAGUGUUUCAGUGAUGAAAGAGCACAUACAGGACUUAGAGUCACAGCUGGAGACUCAAGCCAAAGCCGUAAGGGAUGCUGAGCAUAAACUUGCAGCCAGUGAGCAGGUUGUGAUGCAGAAGGUCAGAGCAAUAGAAAAGCUCAAAGAGGAGCUGAAGAAAGUUAAAUUGGAACUGAGUGAUGAAACAAAACAGUGGAAACGUAUGGAGCAGCAGCGAAACCAAGCUCUUCGAAAUGCAGAGAAACUUUCUGUGGCUUUCAAAGACUACAAAGCAGAAGUUACUGAAAAGCUGAAGAAGGUAAUGGAGAGCGAGCACAAGCUGAAGGCCAGCUUGAUAGAGUGCGACAGAGAGAGAGAGGAGCUGGAGAAGAGAUGCAUGGAGCAGGAGCGGGAGAGGGAGAGGAUGGCUCAGAACCUAAGGGAGCUGAGGGAGGUCGGCGAGCGCUCCGAGUCCCUUGCCGCUGAGCGCCUCGAUCUGCAGGGCCGUCUGCAGGAAGCCUCCCAGCAGCUGGCCUGCCUGCAGAGGGAGAUGACCCAGAAGGAGGCACAACUAGAAGAGGUGGAUGGGCUACGCCGGGAGAGGGAGGACCUUCGCCUCCUCACGGCAUGCCAGGAGCAGAGACUUGUUCAGGCUCAGAGGGAGAUGGAGAGCAGCAGGACUGAGGUGGCCAGUCUGGAGGGUAUACUGGAUAUGUUGCAUCUGAGAGAGAAUCGAGAAGGAGCACUCUGUGUGAACCCCUGCCUGCUGCCCUCACCGAAUUACACCGCAUCCACAGACCAGCUCAGACAAUGGCCGGGAGAACGCUACCAGAAGCUGCUGGCAGUGCUGCAGUGCGCUGAGAAGGAGAAGGAGAGGCAGGCUAGUGCUGCCCAGGGUCUGCAGGAGAGACUGACCAGGGCCCAGGAGGAGAUCUUCUCCCUGCAGGCGUCCAUCAGCCAGAGAGCCUCCCACUACCAGCAGAUCCACAGCCAGCUGCUGGACAAGGCUACCAAGGCCACCAGGCUGGAAAAGGAGAUGAAGAAGAGCAACUCUCGUCUAGCUGUGCUGGAGAAACAGCUGCAGGAGAAGACUGCUGCUUACUCUCAGGCUGCAAUCAAAAAUGGCAAGCUAGAACAGGAGCUGCUGGAAAAAGACAGCAGUCUUCAUCACUAUCAGUCUGUCUUGAACAAGAAACAGAGGGAACACCUGCAGGCCAUGGAGAUUUCCAAGAUGGCAGAAACGAAGAAAUGCCAGGACCUGGAAGACCAGAUAGAGGUGCUGCAGUCAUCUCUGUCUCAGAGUCAAGCAGAAAUAAAAGAGCUGCGGAAGUCUGUGUCUGCCCUAAAAACAGAGAAGCAGGAGUCACAACACCAGGUCUGCCUACUGCAGGCAUCUGUUGACCAGCUCACCCAGGACAUUGAGGCGAGCAUCAAACGCAGUCAGGAAGAGAUCCGUUGCUUUGAAGAGCAGGCCUUAGAAUCUGCUUCCAAGGUGACGUUCUUGGAGACAGAGCUGUCCUGCUGUAAGGAGGAGCUGAGCUGUUGCCUACAGAAGAUGGAAGAGGUUAAGCAGCAGUAUGAGGCCCAGUUGGAGCGAAGUAACUCUGAGCUGUCUACCCUCCAGGAGGUGGUAAGGAAUCGAGUGAUGGCCUGUGAGAACUCUAGUGAGGAGAACCUGCAGCUGCAGUGCUCUAUCCAGCGCCAGCAUGCCAUGCUGCAGGAGAGCACGUCCCGCAUAGGACACCUGGAAGAGAGCCAGAGUCAGCUACAGAGCCAGGUGGCCCAGCUGGAGCAGGAGCUGGAGAGGGAGCGCGCUACCUCCGUGCUGGAGCUGAGGAGUAGGCAAAAGGAGGUGGAGGAGGCCAACCAGGAGCUGAAGAAGAGGGAUCGGCAGGCGGCCGAGCUCUCCGGCUCUGUAACGCAGCUGAGCUCCGAGAUGAACCAGUGUCGAGAGGAACUGUCGUCCAUGGAGCAGGAGCUGUUGCUUCUGAGACGGGACAGCACUGCUAAGGCCUCUCAGCUCAGCCAGAUGGAGGAGACAUUGCAGGAGACCAAAGGGCUGCUGGACAAGAAAAGUGAAAUAGUGAAUGAUCUGGAGGAGAAGCUCCACUGCAGUGAAAUGGACCGGCGGAACUCCUUGCAGCGGGCACAGUUGCUGGAGGACCAACUGCAGGUGGUGCGCGGUGAGCUGGCAGGCACGCUGGACCAUCUGCAGCAGCUUCAGGACGUGCUGCAGAGGACGCAGCUCACUGCCGACCAGCAACAACAAUCCAUCGACCAACUGACUGCCAAGCUCAGGGAGAGCCAGAGAGAGUUGGAGGAGAGGACUAAUGAAGUGUUGGACAUGGACACUGCACUAAAGGAAAGACAAGGGGAGCUACAGCAGAGAGCACAGCUGCUUGGUCAGCUGGAUGUGGUCAUUAAAGAGCAUAAGCUGGAGAUGGAGAAGAAGGUAGAACAUCUGCAGGACGCUCUGGAGAAGACUGAGCAACAGCUUAAAGACAGAGUCAAGCAGGUGGAGUUCCUGAGUGAGAUGUUGAAUCAUGUCAAAUCGCAGCUUGAGGAGCGAGAGUAUUUAGAAAAGAGAGUUUUGGAGCAUGGUCGGCAGUUGUGUGUGUGUCGUGAGCAAUUGCAGAAGACCACCCAGGAGUUGCAGCAAGCACAUGGGUGCUACAAUGCUCUCAGCAGGCAGCUGGAUGACAUCACCCAGCUGAAGGAGGCGGAGGUGCAGGUGGGCGUGGUCGAGGAGCUGCAUGCAGAGAGUUCAGCUCAGCUCCAAGCCACCGUCACCGCACUGCAGCAUGAGCUGGAUCUGCAGAGAGAAGAACACCACAAAGAGAUCUCAGCGCUGCAGCAGACGCGAGAGCAGCUUCUGAAAGUGUCAGGUCAGAUCUCCAGCAGUCUGCGCCUCUCCCAGGAGCAGCUGUCCCAACGGCUGCAGCAGGCCCAGGAGGAGCUGGGCCAGGCCAGAGCCCACGCUUCUGACCUCCGCUCUCGGCUCAGCUCCACGAAGCACCUCCUGCAGUGUGCCAAUGAGAGCCUUCUCAUCAAGGACUCCGAGAUCGCACGCCUGCAAGCCAAAAUCUCCAGUUUGGAGAGAACCGCCGACCUCCAGAGUGCCAACAUCCAGCACGAGUCCAGCAUGUUGCCUCCUCUCAAAGACCUCCCUGUUUACCCCUCCCCCCAAAGGGACACCCUCACUCGGUGUAGCCUCUCCUCCACCUCUUGGAAAGACGCCUCCUCAGAUGCCACCCUGGAGCACUCUGAGAGCGUGAUGGCAAGUGUGGAGGCAGCGUUAAGGCCCGAGAAUUCCCCAGACGGAGGCUGGCAGGGCCUGAGCACCACUGGUCUCACUUCCACCUCAGACAUGUCGUUCAACCCCCUCACCUACAUGGUGGAUGCGGGGGAGACGGAGGAAGAGGAUGUGGACUCCCUCUCUGGCACGCUGAGGUUUGUGCAUCAGACCCUGGCACUGCAGGAGCAUCAUUCCCUCUGCAGAUCCAGCACCUGCAUGCAGGACUCCAGUGAUGAAUACAACUUUAAAGAAGAUUCAACUUAACAGAAGACCAUUUCAAGACGAUCUCAUUUGCACUGAUCUCCGUAGUUCUCCAGAAGGAUGGAUGUAGCUCUGCAUUUAGGGCUUUGUCCUCUACAGUUCAUUGAACAGUUUGCAGAAGGACUGGCCUGGCCUGCUCUGGUCAUCCAUCGUUUGUCAUUGCUAUAUAUAUAUAUAUUGUGUGUGUGUGUGUGUGUGUGUAUAUAUUUGAAUGUUUAUUAUUCGAAUAAAUGUUUUCUGUUUUUGCUUUUACCCGCAUACUUUGAAUACACACACAAAUAUGACCUAUUAAUGUGACACUGAAGAAUUGUUCUGAUGUGCUGCAGCCAUUUAGCUGACAGUUAUUCAGGAGAACACAGGAUAAGACCUAGAUUUACAGAUGUCGAGAAGAUAACACUGUACAAGAGUCAGUUUCUUUGGUGUUUGUCUGGGGGUAUGAUUAAACACACUGCUGUAUUCUAAGCCGUUGUUGAAUGUGGUGCAAACAGGGCGUGGUAGGUUUGCUCGUGUCUCAGGCUGGCAGCUGCCAGGCUUUUGUUGAUUUUAUAGGUGGACAGUAAACUAUGUAGGAAAAGCAGUUAUGCACUAGUCAACAUUGUGGCUUACUACUCAUACUAAAUACACUGGUCAGUUAAUUAGGAAUAACCUGUAGGUGUACAGUUAGUCUAGAGCCCAUCUAACACACUUAGCAAUUUGUGUUAGGAAUCCUUCAGCCCCUUUAUGGCUAGCCUCCCAGUGGGUUCUUGUCUGGAUAUUUUUGAGUAGCAAACCAGUCUGCACAUUGUGUAAACACUCCAUUUACAAUGCUGUUCUUGAUGAACCACACAUGCAGCCAUGUCAUGCAAGUGUGAUAUGGACAUGAUGUAGAAAAAAUGGCCUACAAUGGACAAUGUCAAAAAUAUUUCUGCUUCAUCAUACAUUUGUGAACAAAGGAUCUUUGGUUUUCAUCAAAGGAUAUGUAUCAAGGCAAUCUAAGCUCCCAGUUGAUCGCUCAUGUAAGGCAAUUAUACAUGUCUUAUAACUUUUAAAAAAUUAUUUUGCAUUGAAAACAUGCUCAUCUACAAUGUAUUCUGAUGUUUAUUAAAACAUAUAAUGCAGUUACAUGUAGCUUAGAGACCUGCAGUGUUUCAUGUGCAUUUCUUGCAUUUUGUAUAUAGUUUCAUGAUUGCAAAGGGCAUGCUGAUCCUGACAGGAAAUGGUUUCUUUGGCUGGCACAGUGAUCCUCGCGUGUGUGUGUUAAACAAAUCAUAUGUCUGACAUGAUUUGGUUUGGGCUUUCAUUGUAGACCUUGCAAAUGUUGUUUGAGUGGUCCCUCUAUCUUCAUUUGAUCAGAUGUUGUUUGCAACUUUGCAAUUCAAAUCUAGCAAAAUUAAUCUUGUAUCUGAAUGCUGCCCAGAGUGUCUGUCACAGUGAAUUUGUUCUUAUGCUUGUCUCCAGUUUCCUUGGCAGCUGCUAGAAAAGAAAGCCAAAUACACUUAUCUGACGCAGUGGUCCUCCAGUCUCUCGGCUACUGUUCUCAUGAACAGACCUUUACUGUGGGGAGGUCCCCAUGCAGGAGUCAUGGCAACAGUUGCUAUCAGGGAUAUAUAUGUUGACAUGUCUGAUGUCAAAACUGAUAAAGUGGUGGACUUCAGAUGUCCAGUAGUGUCUUUCCUACACCGGGUCACACUGGUGGUCUUCCUCCAACCAAGUUCUUUCUGUGAAAUCACUUCUU